CCACAUCAGUAUAACAAGGCAUAUCGGCAUCAUCAGCAAAUAUUAAAUUGAAUUUGCUCUUCUCUAUUUCUAAAAAAAAGAGUGGAAAACAGAAAUUUACGACAGAACUAUUUCAAUUAAUCCAACUUUUUUUCUGAUUAUAAUGUCGUUGGUGAGUGUAAGUGAUUACGAGCAGAAGGCAAUAGAUAUAUUGCCCAGAAAUGCAUUGGAUUACUAUCGAAGCGGUUCCGAUAAUCAAGUCACAUUACAACUGAACAAAACGGCCUUUCAAAGACUGAGAAUUCGUCCCAGACACCUCCGAGAUGUAUCGAACCGUUCGACGUCGACAAAAGUGUUUGAAUUUAACAGCUCAAUGCCCAUUGGUAUAGCACCAACAGCCAUGCAUAAAAUGGCCCACGAUGAUGGCGAAAUAGCCACUGCUAAAGCCGCUGGAAAACUCGGUACAAUAUUUAUACUUAGUACAUUAUCUACAACGUCCAUUGAAGAUGUGGCUAGACAUGCUCCCGACACCCACAAAUGGUUUCAGCUGUACAUAAGCAAAGAUAGAGAGCUAACCAAAUCAAUGGUUCGCCGAGCUGAGACAAACAAUUUUAAAGCACUCGUUUUAACAGUCGAUGCACCCAUGUUUGGCAUACGACGGGCUGAUGUUCGAAAUAAAUUUCAGCUUCCAUCCCAUCUACAACUGGAAAAUUUUAUGGGAAACGGCAUUGUGAACAGUGAUGGAGGAUCUGGAAUAAAUGAGUAUGUGAAAAAGCAAUUUGAUUCGUCAAUCACAUGGAAGGAUGUGAAAUGGUUGGUUGGAUUCACCAAACUUCCUGUCAUCUUAAAAGGAAUAUUAACGAAAGAAGACGCAUUGUUGGCUGUGGAAACUGGAUGCAAAGGAAUCAUCGUUUCGAAUCACGGUGCUAGGCAACUGGAUACCGUUGCUGCUUCGAUUGAAGCAUUACCCGAAGUCGUAAGAGCUGCCGGCGAUAAACUUGUUGUGAUGUUGGACGGUGGAGUUACGCAAGGAACGGACGUAUUCAAAGCAAUUGCUUUGGGAGCGAAAAUGGUGUUCUUGGGACGACCGAUUCUGUGGGGACUAGCGAAUGGUGGCCAGGAGGGAGUGGAAAAUGUUCUGAAAAUCGUCCAUAAUGAAUUCGAUACGGCGUUGGCCCUGUCCGGUACAACGACGGUUAAUGAUAUUACUAAGGAGUAUGUCAUUCACGAAAGGGAAUUGAGUAAAUUGUAAUCAAUUAUGCUGAAUUAUAUUGUCGCAACAUUUUUCCGAUUAGAAUAAAAGCCAAAAAUAUUUAA